AUGCCUUAUAAAAACUCAGAUGUACGUCGUUUUUACACAGAACGUGAAGAUAUUGAUGUGGAGGAAGCGGAACGCUUGUUUCUGAGGGAUGAUGUUCUUCGAGCUGAAGAUGUAAGUUAAUAUAUAGGUUUUCUUGGUUUAGAAGACUCGAAAUAUACUUGAAUUUGGUAUCUAAACAUGAAAAAGAUUCUGUUGAUUGUUUUGAUAUUAGUUUUAACAAUAUUUUAUUUUAGGGAAAAAAGUUAUGCGUGUUUUUGGCACUGCACAAAAUGGAACGUAACCAUGUUUGGGAGAUUGUUGGAGAGACAAUUGUGAAUAUUGCUAAAUCACAGUAAGUUAGUUUUAUUACUUUAUUAUGUGUUUAGGACUUCUAAGUUGAAUUUUACACUAUCUAGCUUGUUAGUUUUGGCAUAAACUUUAUUUUUUGAAAGUUUGACAUAUCAACAUGGAUAACAUGAAAUUUAUAGCUUAGAACUGUUUGAUUUAAGGCUUACAUUAAAGAGAAAAUAACUAAAAACAUUCUAGAGACCAUCUUGCAAGAGUUGGAGCAUGUAUAGCUCUUCUAUUCGACCGAGCACCAGACGAUGUUCUUCUUCAAGGCGAAGAUUCUCAAGUUUCUGAAAACAAGGUUACAAAAGCGUGGUUGAUGGAUCAAAUUUCUGAAGUUGUUGACUAUAUUAUGCUUUGUAGAGACAGAGAAAUUGCGGAGAAGUUUGCUGCGGUAAGUUUUUUGUUUAUUCUUUUUGAUUAUUAGGUAUUUUCAAAGGUUAUUGAUGUAUCGGUGCUUAUCAUUGGAUCUUUUAGAUGUUCAAGAGUUUUGUCAACGACCCAAAGCCGGAUUUGAGUGAAGCUUUGUUCACGGUAUCAAUGAGGGUUUGGAGCAAAAUUGACGUAAGUUCUGAAGGUUUUAAAUAUUGUUUCUUAAAGUUUAGGUGUAGGUAUAGAUGGUGCUUCACUUUAUUGGUUUAAGCAUUAUUUUAAUGGUUUUUGGGUGAAUUUAAAAGCAUUUUUGAUGCUUUUGAUAGCUUUUUUAAUAAAAUUUAAACUGAUUCCAGUCUCCAAACGACAACGUAGCAUGGGGCGCAGCUUUUGUUCAACAAUGUUGUUAUCCACCCAGAUCAACCGACAAAAUUCAACAAGCAGUUUAUGAAGAGAAGCAUCAUGAAGCAUUUUUAAAGGCUCUAAGACAUCCAAGUUUGCCAAUUCGAAUUCAAGCGAUUGAAGGAGCUGUGGAGAAGAUUGUUUUCUGGUGGGAAGACUUUCCAAAAGUGUUUAAGUCAAAGUUCAUCGAUGUUGUCAUAGAGCUGGCACAUGAUAGUCAGGCUGAUGUUAGGGCUGCGGUUUUUAAGGUGAGAGUUGCAUUUGAGGUUUGAGUUUUAAUUUUGGCUUUAAUUUGUGAAAUUUAGGCUUAAAAAUGAAAUUUUAGGCUUAAAAUUGAAUUUUAGGCCUAAAGUUCAACUUUAGGCUUAGACAUGGAAUUUAGGCUUAAAAAUGAAUUUUUGGCUUAAAGAUGAACUUUAGGCUUAAAAAUGGAACUUUAGGCUUAAUAAUGAAGUUUUACGCAUAAAACUGAAAUUUUAGGCUUAAAAACUCAAUUAUAAGCUUUAGUUGCCAUGAAUUACACAACUUAUCCUCAAUGUCUUUUAGAGCCUGCGAUUCUUUGUUCUGAGCCCAGCAGCGACAACCAAGGCCAUAGAGGAUAUAUUGCCAAAGAUUUGCAAAGAUGGCAUCGAUGAUGACAAAGAGAAGGUUCGAUUGAACUGUGCCAAAGCCAUGUUGUUCUUUGUGGAAAAGGCUAAUACUCCAGUAAGGUUUUUCAUUAUUUUUUUUAAUUUUAGGUAACAAAUUUUGUAAAAUCUUUAAAAAAUGACGUUUUUAAUUGAAAAUGGGGACCUGAAAAGCUUAAAAAUAGUACUUCUGGGCCAUUUGUUGCAUUGAACUUUUCUGUGCCAGAAUCAACCAUAUCCUUUUCAGUUUGACCGCUUCAUCGACCUAAAUUCGCUGUGUCAUCGAUUGGAUUUCGAACAGAAUGAAGCGAUUGAGCUGGCCAUUUUCAAAUUGAUCAAAACUGCCUCUCCAACCGAAUAUGGUCUACCUUUGCAGAAAUUUGUUCGAAAAUUCACAAAAAUAUCAAGGAAUGCGGCUUUGGACUACCAUAGAUUGUUGUUCACUAGUGGGCAGAUUAAGAUUGAAAAUGGAUGUGAGUUCUUGAAGGUUAGAUAGAUGUGUAAUAUGUAUAAAAUAUUAUGUUGAUUUAGGUAUUAAUGGAAUGAAAAUUUGAAGGAUUUGAAGAUUCAGUGGCAAAAAAAUUUUUGGAAAUUAAAGUUUUGGCUAUGUUUUGUUUUGUAAAGAAAGUUUUUGCUAUUUUUCGCUUUGUACAAAAAGUUUUGUCACUUUCGGUUUUGUAAAGAACGUUUUUGCCAUUGUUUGUCUUGUAAAGAAAGUUCUUGCAUUUUUUUGACCUGUAAAGAAAGUUUUGGCCUUUUUUGUUUUGUAAAGAAAGUUCUUGCCAUAUUUUGUUUUGUUAAGAAAGUUUUUGUCAUUUUAUGAUUUGUAAAGAAAGUUCUUGCUAUUUUUCGUUUUGUAAAGAAAGUUCUUGCCAUAUUUUGUUUUGUAAAGAAAGUUAUGGUUAUUUGUGAUGUUUGGUUUAAAACUUUGUAAUUUUUUUAAAAUUUUAGUGAAGUACACGGAAGCUCUGGUAGGAUUUAUUCAACCGUUUUUGUUGAAGAAAGAAGAAUACGAAGAACAAGAUAAUCUGGAGGGUUUUUAUGAAAGUGAGUUUUAACAUUUUUUUGCCGUUCUACCACUGCCAUAUUCAAAAAUAUUCCUGCUUUCCUCAAAAAUUUUUUUUGGAAUUAAUUAGAAAUGGUGAUGUAGGAUAGAAUAGGGAAAGGUAGGGGUACAUCAGGGUAGAGUAAGGUAAUAUAUACAGCACCACAGGUAGCUGAAUACUGUAAUUUCUUAAAAAUUUUAAAGAUUUUGUCAUUUUUCAGAGCUUGGAAUAGUGAAGAACGUUUUCGACUGUGCCAUUGUUUUGUACGCCACAAUCCAACCGCAUGUUAUGGCCACGGACAACUCCCGGGUGCGAACUGACAGUGCCAGUGUUUUACGAGCCUUCUCGGAAAUUGUGGCUACUAUUUUUGAAAGUUUUGAGGUAAGGUGGAAAGCACUUUCUUUACAAACUUAAAAAUGGCAAGAACUUUCUUUACAAAACAAAUAAUGGCAGGAACUUUCUUUACAAGACAAAAAAUAGCAAGAACUUUCUUUACAAAACUAAAAAUGACUUUUCAGGACCACGAAGGUCUAAUGGACUCAACCCUAACCCUAGCCAGUCUAUCUCCAACGGCCGUCAAGUUCUACCCCAAGUUCUUCCUUCAAGUUGAACGGGAAGUCAGAGGUGGUAAAAUCGACGAACGCCAAAUCCAAGCCUUCGCCAUGAAUGACAUGAACAAGUUCACUCAACUGCUACUAGAAGGACUAACUCAGGUUGAAAUGAGUUCGCAGAAAGUCGCUUCGAGAAACGUACCAACUCCAGCCAAACAGUCACGACCGUCCAUUUUCUUGAACGAAUUGGCUGUUAUUGAUGCAUUGACAGCCCUGUUGGAUAAUCCAACGACUAGCGCUUAUUUGCUUAAUGUGAGUUUGGAUUGGGAAAGAGGGUUUUUGAUGAACAUUUAGGCUUAGAAAUGAAAUGUUAGGCUUAUGAAUGAACUUUUAGAUUUGGAAAUGAAGUUUUAGGCUUAAGAAUGAAAUUUUUUACUUAAUGAAUUGUUAGGCUCAAGAAUGAAAUUCUAGGCUUAUAUCAAGAACUUUAGGCCUAGCAAUGAAAUAUUAAGCUUAAUAGUGGAAAUUUUUGUUAAGAUGGAGUUUACGUCUAAGGAUUGAAUGUCUUGAAAAUGAAGCUUUAGUCUUAUAAACGAAAAGUUAGGCUUAAAUAUAAAUUUUAGGCUUAAUGAAUUUCAAUUUCAGUAAUGAAUUUUUAUAUUCUAAAGUAAUAUGUUUAGGAAUACGACUACUUUGUGUCCCAAUUCAUAGCCAAAUUGGUUCAAACCCGUGACAAUUUUAUGUUAGCGAGACGGAAUGGUCGAAACUCGAAGGAUAUGCCUGACGCUCUAUUCGGUCGCACCACAGACAUGAUUGCAGUACUCAGAAUCCUGGCUUUUGACAAGAAAAUCAAAGCUGAGGUUAAGGAGGAGGACAGUAAGAAAUUUUUUAAUUUUUGUUUUUUUUUGAAUUUGUUACCUAAAAAUUAGUUUUAGGCUUAGAAAUGAAGAUUUAGGGUUAAAAAUGACUUUUAGGCUUAAAAAUUAAGAUUAAGCCUUAAAAUGACUUUUAGGCUUAAAAAUUAAGAUUAAGCCUUAAAAUGACUUUUAGGCUUAAAAAUUAAGGUUUAGGCUUAAAAAUUGUUUUUUAGUACAAACUUCGAUUUCUGUACAAAUUUUUAAUUUUGUUACUUAAAACAACAUAAUUUUAGCCCAAAAAUCUCGUCGAGGUCGCAGGGCUCGAACUGCAGAACCAGAGCUAUUACCAGCGGCCGAACAGGACGCUGACCCAUUAUUGUACGAAGUGGACUGGAUCCAAACCCAAUUCGAAUUAAGUCCCUCAAUCGUUUGUCACUCGGAAAUUGCCGAAAUUUUAUAUAAUGUUUUGUCAUUAUACAUUCAAUCACAUCCACACAAGUGUGAGACGAUCCAAAAGCUAUUGGAUGUUAUUGAGAAGAUCAAGGAUUAUACGGUGGGUCUUUUUUGAAUCUGAAAUGAAUUAUAGGUUUAAAAAUAGGGUUUUAGGCCUAAAAAUUACUUUUAGGUUUAUAAAUUGAAUUUUAGGCUUAGAGAUGAAGUUUUGGCUUAAAAACUUAAUUUACGCUUAAAAAUGAAUGUUAGGCUUAUAAAUGGAAUUUUAGGUUUAGAAAUGAAUUUUUGGCUUGAAAGUGAAACUUUAGGCUUGAAAAUGAAAUGUUAGGCUUAAAAAUGAAAUUUUAGGCUUAGAGAUGAAGUUUAGGUUUAAAAAUGAAUCUUAGGCUUAAAAGCGAGCUUUAGGCUUAAAAAAAUUUUUUUUAAUUGAGUGUUAGGCUUGAAUUGUCUUUUAAAACGUUGAUAACAUAGCCUUUUUAGAGCGAACACCCAAUCCGAGGCGACCGGUCGAUAAUCUCAACCUACAACCAAUGUAAAAAGAAAGCUCUACACGCGUUAGAUCUGGCCAAACCACAAGAAGAACCAAGUCAAGACGGCAGGAUCUCCACGAUCCGGGAAGAAGACGAAGAAGCCGGCUCCAGAAACGAAAGCAGAGCCACGGAGGCGGAAUCUUACGUGGAGGAGGAUAGUAAAGGUGGGUGGAAAUAAAGUUUUUGUUGUAUUUUGGGUUGGAAAGAAAGUUCUUGUCAUUUUACGGUUUGUAAAGAAAGUUCUUGCAAUUUCAUGUUUUGUAAUGAAAGUUUUUGCCAUUUUUUGUUCUGUAAAGAAAGUUUCUGCUAUUUCUUGUUCUGUGAAUAAAUUUCUUCCCAUAUUUAAUACUUCUAGACCUAAAGUAAUAUAAAAACCUUUCAGAUCAACAAAACUUGACUUCUGUAACCCAUGAUACGAUGGUAAAAGAAGAGCCAGAAGAAAAUUGUGGCGAAUUCUCGGUCAUGGACAAUUCCGAAAACGAACCCCCAGCCAAUGACACCAGCAGCAAACUGGAAGAAUCGGAUUUGAAUGCCACUUUGAUGGAAGAAAACUAA